GACGCAUGCGUGACGUUUGACUAAUGAGCACAUGGCAUGGUGUAAUGGCGGACGAAGAGAAGCUUUCGCGGUGCAAAAUCAGCACAGACACUGUGUAUAAUACGUUCAAAACGCACACAAGAUAUGCACAGAUCGUUCGCGGUAGAACCACACUAAAAGAUGUCGAGCGUUUUCGGAACGGGUCGGUCCGUGAACCUUAUGAGAGAUCUCUUUAUGAGCAAACAUUUAUGAGUGAACCUUUCAUCGAGAAACAUGCUAUAUCAACUGAGCUAUCUAAUGUUAAUCGAGAGAAGCAUAGACAGAAAUCUCAUCAUGCACGUAGACGUGAUCGUGAACCAAGCAGAAUACCAAUUCGAAGUUUGAAAAGUUAAGGAAGAACAGCAGAAAGGUUAGGGAAUUUGUCCAUGCACGUAUUCUCUCAUGUAUCCCCAUGUCAUCUACAUUGUAGUGUUAUGAUAAUGCUAAAAAAGCUAUUAAAUGAAAGGACGUUUAAGUUUAGCUGUCGUGAAACAAACAGAAAGCCCGGGUGAACGCAAAUAUGCGUAUAGUUUUAUAUAAAACACCCUCAGAAGCUCAGGUUUUAAAAAAUUUCUGUUGCAUUCUUUUAGAUUGUACCCUUGCUUUAUUGGAUUUUCAUGUCAAAUACAAAUAAAUCUCACAGUAAAUUAAAUACCAGUUUGAGUUUCCGAGGAGGUCGCAUCGCUGUCAACAUGUUCUGUACUGUCUUCGUGCGGUUCGCCUCGGUGAACCCUACGCGGCUCAUAUUGUUAAGGACGUGGCCCAGACUCUCCUGAAGAUUCUGGAUUAUCCCCAUCGCUGUCAUGUACUAAGCUUAAGGCAUUUGAGUCGCUAUCUUCUGAAAAAACAUCUUCCGAACUACCGCUACUUAUACGAGCUCCUAUACUAGUUCUAUUGGGGAAUAUGUGUUGCGCAAUAUCUUAGUUCCACGGCUUACGUCACGACUUCUCGUUAUUGUUUUUACCGAAAAUGGAAUUUCAGUUGAAAAUGCCGAUUUUCUCCUAAAAUAAGUCGAAUUGGACAAAACGAAUUUCAAAUUCGUUUUCUAGGCCACUUUUUACAUUGUACAAGAAAAACAUAUAUAUUUGGGUUUACCUGCCCUUUAACACCGAGUCACACAACGCUUGACGCUUUCAAAAAUUUCUGGGGACUUGAGCUUGGGCCGCCUGGAGCUGCAUAUGUACAACUGUUGUCUAGAGACCGUGAAAAAAGGAGUUGAACGGAAAAUUUCUGAGGAGUCCAGUGAAACGAAAACCUUUUGGAUGAUUCCGCAAUCAUAUGAGUGAUACACAUGACUAGUUCCACAGCAUAAUAUUAUUUAAAUUCGAGAAACUUGCUUACUUCAGCAUGUCGUCGCAUCCGAACAGAACAACAGCAAUGACACAGCCAAGCAUUUCACUGAGUUGGAGAAUCGCGUAAAAUAGCCCAUCAAAAUUUAGUAAAUUCAAUCGAUAUGUGAUUAACGUUAAGCAGCAACAUGCAAUGCCCAAUGCAGGCUUCCUCGAUUAUCAAACUCAACGUCGGCGGUCAUUACUUCACCACACGUCUUCAAACACUGACCAAAGAUCCAAACUCAAUGCUAGCCGGCAUGUUUUCAGAGAGAUUUGAAGAGAAAUUGGGCGAAGACGGCGCUUUCUUCAUCGACCGAGAUGGAUCUCACUUCCGAUUUAUACUCAAUUACUUGCGCACAGAGGAAUUAACUUUACCCGUGGGGGCAAAUUUUCUUCAAGAACUUAAGAAAGAAGCUGAAUUUUACCGGAUCCAAGGAUUGAUAGAUGAAAUAAAUAAGUCAGUGAGGAGCGUCGUUAAACUUAAUGUCGGUGGUCACUACUUCACAACAAGUCUUCAAACACUAACCAAAGAUCCAAAUUCGAUGCUGGGCACAAUGUUUUCUGGGAAACACGACACGAGAGCCGGGGAAGAUAGCGCUGUUUUUAUUGACCGAGAUGGAACUCACUUCCGGUUUAUACUGAAUUUUCUGCGCACUGGGAAACUAACUUUGCCGGCAGGAGCAACAGCUCUCGCUGAAUUCAAAGAAGAGGCUGAUUUUUACCAGAUUCUGGGGAUAUUAGAUGAGCUAGAUGAUACAAAGCUGAAGUCGGAGAUCCUGACAGACGAAGGACAACAAAACCUGUUGUUAAGCUGGUUGCCUCCUCACGGUGACGUGAGAAGACGUCGCCUCCGUCUUUUGUUCCGUGCUUCUCGAGACGGCUUCGCGGCAAAUACCUUUCACGACAAAUGUGAUAACAAAGGACCCACAAUCGUUCUUGUGCAGAGUGGCAAUUAUGUUUUUGGAGGAUUCACGGAGAAAUCUUGGAUGUGCGGUGAGGGAGGUUAUACCAUCUGCACACAAGCGUUCCUGUUCAGUUUGGCCAACCCAAGUGGUCUGGAACCAACCAAACUACCACUUAAGAGUAACAGCCAUCAGUAUGCUAUUCUCUCCAAUGGCGGCAAUGGGCCAACAUUUGGCAACGGCGACCUCCGCAUUGCAGAUAAUGCAAACACGUCUCCUUCGAGCUCUAGUUUUCUCGGCUAUGUAUACGAGAUUCCAUUAGCAUGGAAUAACAGGAAUAACACAUUGUCCUUAGCAGGAGGAGAAUACUUCGUGGUAACGAACUACGAAGUGUUUGGAUUCCAACCCUGACUCAAAAUGGAUCAUAAGCAGGCAAU